AUUGACGUAUUUUUAAAUAUACAAGCUCACAAGUCUACGGCUUUAAAAAAAAUAAAACUACAUGUUUAAUCGUUCAGGGAGCACGUCAUAUCUACAAAUGAUAUUUCAAAAAAUAUGUCUCAAAAUCUACCAUAUAUGCUACAAAGUAUGAUAAAUGGUGAACAAGUGGUAAUGGUAAAAAGUACCACACACAUAUUGUAAUCGAUUUCAUUGUUUUUAAGUUGUUUUUUUAUUUAGAAAAACUACAACGGCGUGUAAUUGUUUAACAUAGUCAAGAUAAGAUAAGAUAGGCAACUUUUAAAAACUUUUCUUUGGCGCUGAAAGAAAAGCGGAAUCACUUUUUCCGAAUGCCGUCGAUGGUGCGUUGAACGCAUCACACGUGGCCACCUCAGGGACCGCCCCGUUCCGGACACGUCAGCCGUGAGGCCGACUUCUAGGCUCUGACAAGCGGGCUGAUAGUCGUUCCCCAGCGGCCUCCGUUCUCCGGUGGCGGCGGUCUCUGUGUGGAUAGGCUGCCAUUCGGAUGAACUGCCCCUCCCUCACUGUGAGCGGACCUCCCCGCGGGUGUUCCUCGGGUAGAAAAGUGUCCUUGAGCGGAGACGAGACGAGACUAGACUCGGCGUCGAGUCAAAUGAAGGUGAACCACUUUGUUGGUGGGCGCCCCAGAGCAACAUGACGGGCGACGCGGUGCUUCGGACGGUGGCUCUCGCCUGGAUCAAGCAGGCUGUGGGCCGGGCUCCCCCGGCAGGGCUAGCCGGCGCCGGGAGCUUCCAUCACGGAUCGCUGCGGGAAACGGUCAACAAACACGGGGACCUCCUCGUCCGUGGAUGCUCCACCUUCCCUUCCUGGCUGUGUGGCGGUCAGAACGGAGGUACGGGCCCGGAACGUGGAGGAAGAACCAAGCGGGCCAGGUCACGCUCGGACCUGCCCCUCCAGCCCGUACGUGCGCACAGCAGCAGCAGCAGAAUGUUUAGCCGAGACAACCAAUCAGUGGGGAGACUGACAGCGGAGGACGUGGACCAGGCGAGGAGCAUCAAGAGGGUGGACGUGAAGCCCUACAAGCAAGUGCUGAGUGAAAGCGCCCGGGAGAGAAAAGUGCCCGUCACUCGCAUUGGACGGCUAGUGAGUUUUGGAGGUUUGGCAGUGGGACUCGGCCUUGGCGCCAUCGCUCAAGUGGCCAAGAAAACCUUUAAACCUCAACGAGAGCAAGGCGAUCGAAAGGCCAUCCUGGAUGCCAACGCCUUCCUGUCUGAAGCCAACGCUGAGAGGAUCGUCCGUACGCUGUGCAAAGUCCGCGGCGCUGCGUUGAAACUGGGACAGAUGCUCAGUAUUCAAGACGACGCCUUCAUUAACCCUCAGCUGGCCAAAAUCUUUGAUCGAGUUCGACAGAGUGCAGACUUCAUGCCCACCAAGCAGAUGCUGAAGGCCAUCAGCAGCGACCUGGGCCCCGACUGGCGCCAGCGUCUGGACCACUUUGAGGAGAAGCCCUUCGCGGCCGCGUCCAUCGGCCAGGUGCAUCUGGCUAUGCUGAAAGACGGCAGGGAGGUGGCCAUGAAGAUUCAGUAUCCCGCCGUCUCCAAGAGUAUCGACAGCGACGUCAGCAACAUCAUGACGGCUCUGAGCUUAAGCAACGCUCUACCUCCAGGUCUGUUCCCAGAGCACCUCAUCCAGGUCAUGAGCCGAGAGCUGGCGCUGGAAUGUGAUUACGUCCGAGAGGCCCGGUGUACCAGAAAGUUCCAAGAGCUGCUGAAGGGCCACCCGUUCUUCAACGUGCCCGAUGUGAUUGACGAACUGAGCAGCCGCCACAUCCUGACCACCACGCUGGUAUCGGGUUUCCCUCUGGACCGGGCUACAGAACUCUCCCAGGAACUCAGGAACGAGAUUUGUGAGCAAAUCCUCAUUUUGUGCCUGAGGGAGCUUUUCGAGUUCCGCUACAUGCAGACGGACCCCAACUGGUCCAACUUCUUCUACAACCCGCAAACACACAAGGUGGCGCUCUUAGACUUUGGAGCCACGCGACAAUUUCACAAAACCUUCACAGACACGUACAUGGAGGUUAUCAACGCGGCCGCACAUCAAGACAGAGAAGGCGUCCUGCAGCGAUCCCGAGACAUGAAGUUCCUUACUGGAUUCGAGUCCAAGGCGAUGGAGAACGCCCACGUGGACGCCGUCAUGACCCUGGGGGAGGCCUUCGCCUCGUCGGAGCCCUUCGACUUCGGCGCGCAGAGCACCACCGAGCGCAUCCACCGCCUCAUCCCGGUCAUGCUGAGGGAGCGCCUGACGCCGCCGCCCGAGGAGACCUACUCCCUGCAUCGCAAGAUGGGCGGAUCAUUCCUCAUCUGCUCCAAACUCAAAGCCAAAAUCGCCUGCGCGGACAUGUUCCGGGAGGCCUACGCUCGCUACCGGGAGGACGGACAACGUCCUGAUUAGGGAUGCGCUAAAAACUGCACUAUUUUUGUACACGUGGACAUGGGAGAGCUCAGCUGUGCCUUGACAAUAACGUGGGAAUGUUUAUUUGUACAAACUGCUGCAGAACAUGUUUCCAUGCAACCAAAAUCCCAAGAGUUUGCCUCUACAUCAUUCUACAGACAUUUUAGCGCUAAUCAAAUCCUCAGUAGUUCCUUAUGUGUGCCAUCUGGCGCCCUCAUGUGACGAAUAAUUGGUACUUUUUUUUUUUUUUUUUUUAUCUACUUCCACGUCUAUGCAGCAUCCUCCCUCAUCUUUCAAUGGGGGGUGUCACCAGUCCGUCUUGGUGGUUCCGGACUGUUCCACUUGGAGUGUCAUUCCGGUGAAGCCAAACUCUGAACGCAGGAGUUCUGUUGCUGUUGCCAGGACGACGAGUGGAUCAGCGUCGUCCUCUGCAACAUACAGCGUUUACAUCCAAUCACACGUCAGCGAGCGGCGAGUACUUCUACUGCAUGGCUUAGCUGUCCUAAUGUCUGGAAUAUAUCGUACUAUAUCCUUCCUCCUGUGUUAGCUUUCUGGUAUCAUGUCUUAUGCUAACGGGUGGGUUUUGACCCAUGUAUUAAAUCAGCUAUAAAAUACACUAAAAACAAUAAGUUACCAUCAAAUUUGCUUCUCAUGUCUUGGUUACCUUUUUAGGCUUCCUCAUCCAUGAAAAUGUUGCUUUUAAUACUUUUGGCCUUUUUUUGUCACUAUACCCCUCCAUUUCUAUUUACAAUAAUGCUCAA